GUUAUCCGGGUUUAAAGCUAGAGAAGCCGGGUGUUGGGCUUCAUCAGGCCGCUGGCCUAAGUGACUACGGUUUGGUCUUUAUUUAAAGUUUGAACGUUUUUGUGAGGUACGAUGGCUCUUUGAAAUGGCGCAGAAAGACACCCUGUUACAUCUCUUCGCAGGGGGGUGUGGUGGAACUGUAGGUGCCAUCAUGACCUGCCCCCUGGAGGUAUUAAAAACCAGACUACAGUCGUCUGGCCUCACCCUCAGACCUGUUUUCCAGGUCCAGCUGGGCACAUUCAACGGUGCUGGCGUCAUUAGACCAGGACCCGUCACCCCUGGCUUGCUACAGGUGUUACGGUCAAUUCUAGAGAAAGAGGGACCAAAAUCUCUAUUCAGAGGAUUGGGUCCAAAUCUUGUUGGUGUUGCACCCUCAAGGGCGAUCUAUUUUGCAGCUUAUUCAAAGUCAAAAGAGACUUUCAAUGGCAUCUUUGUCCCAAACAGUGGAAUUGUCCAUAUGUCCUCAGCUGGCUUUGCAGCAUUUGUCACAAACUCCCUGAUGAAUCCCAUCUGGAUGGUUAAAACAAGAAUGCAGCUUGAGAGGAAGGCACAUGGGGAGAAGAAAAUGAACGCGUUACAAUGCGCACGGUACGUGUACAAGACUGAAGGUAUGCGAGGUUUUUACCGGGGCCUGACAGCGUCGUACGCUGGCAUCUCGGAGACCAUGAUCUGCUUCCUUAUUUACGAGACGCUGAAGAAGUACCUAGCGCAGAGUCGAUUCACCACGCCUGACACUGACACAGAAAAAGGGGCUUCAGAUUUCUUGGGCCUCAUGGUUGCUGCUGCUUUUGCCAAGGGUUGCGCCUCCUGCAUAGCCUAUCCACAUGAGGUAAUUCGGACAAGACUAAGAGAAGAGGGAAGCAAAUACAAGUACUUCUUUCAGACGGCGCGUCUUGUGGCGGUGGAAGAGGGAUAUGCAGCUUUUUACAGAGGACUCAUUCCACAGCUCAUCAGACAGAUCCCCAACACAGCCAUAGUGCUGUCCACCUAUGAGCUCAUUGUCCAUCUGCUGGGUGAACCCUCCAAAUGAAGCUGCACACAACAAGCACAAAGAUACUUUUAACCUGCGGCUAAAGUAGACAGAAAAGAAUCCAUUGUGAACAGGGAUGUUUAUGUGAAUUACCCAAGGACUUUAAAUAGCUUUUUUUUAUUUUAAGUUGACUGCAUACGUUAAAAGAACUGUUUUGCUUGUUUGUGUGUUAUGUAAAUGGCGCAUAUUGCUUAGCUACUUCACGAUGUUUGUGUAUACUGUAUCAGUGUACAGCAAAAGUUCAUCUGAAUAUAAAAAUAGUGCUUUUAAGUUAACUAAA